AUGAAGCCUAUUCGAAUCUGGCUCAUCCCUGCCGGCCCAAACCCUUGGAAGGUGGUGGUAAUCUUGGAGGAACUCAACAUACCCUAUGAGAUCACGUCAAUCAAGUUUGAGGAAGUCAAGAAGAAGCCUUUCACCGACAUCAACCCCAAUGGUCGUGUUCCAGCUAUCUAUGACCCGAAUACCGACAUCACUCUUUGGGAGUCAGGCGCCAUUAUUCAGUACAUAAUAGAGCAAUAUGACACUGAGCACAAGCUCACGUACACUACGCUCAAGGAGAGGCAUCAACUCAACCAGUGGCUUCAAUUUCAAAUGAGUGGCCAAGGACCGUACUACGGCGUAUCUGCAUGGUUCAACGUGCUUCACCAGGAGAAGUUGCCCUCCGCCAUCGAGCGCUAUAACAACCAGCUGAAACGCGUUCUCGGUGUCUUGGACGGGUGGCUUGCAACCCGGGAGUGGCUCGUGGGCGACAAGAUGACGUACGCGGACCUGUCUUUCGUUCCGUGGAACGACCGUAUAGACUCGGUCAUUCUGUGCAAGCCGGAAGAGAAAUUUGCCGGGUUCCCUCACGUGCAGGCCUGGCAUGAGCGCAUGGCUUCGCGCCCCGCGUGGAAGCGGUGCAUGGAGGUUCGGGAGCCUUUGAUGAAAGAGCAAGGUUUGCAACAAGGGACCGGAAGGCCGGCCCGGUUUAAAACCCACCAGGAAUAUGAAGAAGCAGUCGCAAGAGGAGAGAAUACCGAUCCUUGAAAUGUGAUCGCGUUACUGAUAUAUCAGAGUAGAAAGAUGGAAACGUCCUGGGAUAGUUAUGUUCGUCAUCAACUGUUAUUCUAGAUAUUUCAAAUCCAGAAUCAAAAUAACUAACUGGAAGCUCGUAUUAAAAAGGUUAAUAAUCAGCUGUAACAGGUAACCAUACAUCUCUCACAUUCUACAUGUAUGCAUGUAUGGUCACUCCAAUAUUUACAGAUAUGUAUCAAGUACCGUUGCAAUAAAGUUACUACCACGAAACCAAAUAUGGCUACUAACGACGAUGAUUUUCUGGAGAACCAAAACAUCGAAGGCCUUGCAGCGCGAGAUGCAAGACUGCCUAAUAUGCAUCAAUAAAAUAAUGAAAUCCUGACUCAGGUACUCAGUUAGGGAAGGAG